AUGGGAUUUAGGGUGUCACAUACACCCCGCCUUAGGGACUCAGCAUCCUCGCUGAGUGACCUGGAGCUAAAGCCAGUUGGUAUAUUACAAGUCAAGCUCAUCGAAGCCAAAGAGUUGACUAAUAAAGACAUCAUUGGGAAGUCUGAUCCUUUUAAUGAGCACUUUGAGUUCAUAGUUGAAGACAUAUAUAUCCACUCAACAUUUAACAAUUAUGAUGAUGAAGGGAUUCAGGCUGCUGAAUUCAUUGGUUGUGCUCGAAUAGAUUUAAAAGACCUUGAGCCCAGUAAAGUGAAGGAUGUGUGGCUGAAACUGCUAAAGGAUCUGGAUAUACAAAGGGACAACAAAAACAGAGGAUAG